UUCAUAUAUCAAUUUUCGAAAGCGGUACGACUCAAAGGCAUAUGCAUCUUCAUGGAUUGUAUCAGUAAAUAUUCUGGAAGAAUAGGAAUGCCUUUGAAUCCGUCUCAAUGCCACUCUUCACAACUGUUCCCAAUUCCCAUGUCUUCUCUUUCUUAUCCGUUGCCAAAUUCCAGGAGAAUACAGCCUCCACUGUUUCCACUGGCUACACGCACAAUCCGGAUUUCUUGUGUUUCUGUCAGUCGCAAGAGUAAAUCGAGUGACAAAUCCGAAUCUCAAGAGCUGGUUCGCUUGCUUGUGGGCAAGUUUAGUGAAAAAGAGCCGAUAUUGAAGACAUUGAACAAGUAUGUGAAGCUGGUAAGAACUGAGCACUGCUUUCUGCUGUUUGAAGAGCUCGGAAAGCGUGAUAGCUGGCUGCAAUGCCUUGAGGUUUUCAGAUGGAUGCAGAAGCAACGCUGGUAUGUUGCAGAUAAUGGGGUUUACUCAAAACUAAUAUCAGUAAUGGGAAAGAAAGGCCAAACCAGACUGGCUAUGUGGCUUUUCACAGAGAUGCGCAAUACCGGCUGUCGCCCUGAUACAUCAGUCUAUAAUGCACUUAUCACAGCGCAUCUUCAUUCACGGGAUAAAGCAAAGGCUUUGGCCAAAGCUCUUGGUUACUUUGAGAAGAUGAAGGGAAUGGAGCGAUGUAGACCCAACAUUGUAACAUACAACAUUCUGUUGAGAGCUUUUGCCCAAGCUCGGGAUGUGGAUCGUGUAAAUUUCUUGUUUAAAGAUCUCAAUGAGAGCAUAGUUUCACCUGAUAUUUACACUUUUAAUGGUAUCAUGGAUGCUUACGGGAAAAAUGGGAUGAUUCGAGAAAUGGAAUCUGUACUCUCUCAAAUGAAAAGCAAUCAGUGUAAGCCUGACAUAAUUACCUUUAAUCUGCUCAUUGAUUCAUAUGGGAAAAGGCAACAAUUUGAUAAGAUGGAACAAGUGUUCAAGAGUUUAUUACGCUCCAAAGAGAAACCGACUCUGCCUACAUAUAAUUCAAUGAUUUUGAAUUAUGGGAAGGCACGUCUCAGAGAUAAAGCAGAAAAUGUUUACAAAAAGAUGACUGACAUGGGUUACAAACCUAACUUUGUCACAUAUGAGAGUCUCAUCUAUAUGUAUGGUUUCUGCGAUUGCGUUUCCAGGGCGAGAGAGUUAUUUGAUGGACUGGUUGAGUCAAAAGUUGACAUAAAAGUUUCAACCCUAAAUGCAAUGCUGGAUGUUUACUGCAUGAAUGGUUUGCCAACGGAAGCUGAUGCACUGUUUGAGAGGGCAAGAAGUAUGCAAGUUUUUCUAGAUUCGUCAACGUAUAAACUUCUUUAUGCGGCUUAUACUAAAGCCGGUUUGAAGGAGUAUCUAGCUAAAUUACUAAAGCAUAUGGAUAAAGAUGGUAUUGUCCCUAAUAAGAGGUUCUUUCUGGAUGCUUUGGCUGCUUUUGGGUCUUCACCGGCAAAUUCAAAAUCUGAAAUUGCUGCUACUGAUUCAAGCAAGCCCCGGGAUCAUGCAAAAGCUCAGCACAAUAUGUAGCUGGCAGUACAUGCGAAUGAAACUCCUAACCAACAUGUCUGGUGGAGAAUUGCAUAACAGAAAAUAACUCCCUUGUAUGAUGGUAUGUCAUAUCUCUUUGCCCAGUUUUUAGCUUCAUUCUAAUCUGCAUCGGUUUGAUUCUUCUGAAGAACAGAGUUUUCAUUGGUCCUCAUUUGACAUCAAUCAACAACCCCCCCUCCUUUAAAAAAAGGGGAUUCUCUGUUAGCAUACCAAGUUACCCACUUGCAAACUCAUAACUUUGCUGUUGAUUAUAACAAUGACCAACGCCCUGCUGAAGAUUUUGCUUCAAAACUCACAAUAACCAACUGAUGUAUAGAGUAUUUCAUAAAUUAUAAUCUCAUGUGUAAAAAUUGAAGUUGUGCGCGUAUUUAACGACGGCAAACUUUCAAAGUAGUCUCGGGUCUGUUAACCUUCUCUAAUCUGGUCACUUCACUUACAUGCUCAGCAACGCUAAGGACAGUUUCAGUUGAUAUGUUUAGAGCAUACUGGUCAUGACUGAUGCAGUUUUGGCUUUUGGGGCCUAUUUGCCUCUAGGGAUUCACAUUUUUCUGAAGGAAAAAAAAUUGCAGAGGAGCUUAACUGUCAGUUUGUCACGAAAGCGGAAUCUACUAUUGUUACAUGAGCUCCAUUCCUCUUUACCCCCCGAUGAAUUAAUUUCUUUAUUGCAAAUCCAACACCAUUGAAUCAAUUUUGGUUCUAAAGUGAAGUAAGGGCAUGAUGGAGAUAUAAAACAGCCGUGUUACAAAUGAAUCCUUAGAAAUAUGAAGUGUUACUAACUAUUUUCCUAUAAUUUUGCAUGAGGUAAUUGUUUCGCUGCUGUAUUUGCCAUACUGGUCAUAUUUCUUCUUGUAGUUUAUUGUAUAUUUUGAUAGUUUUCCACUUUUCCUUU